UGAAAAAUCAAUAAUGCCGCACUGCAAGCAAAUCAGAAAUUUUGAAGGGUACGAUUCGUUGUAUCUGGUUGGCUUCUCUCUGUACGAGAAAUGGGUUAAAAGGUAACCGAGGUAGUCAAAGUGAAACGGUAACUAAUUGACCAAACCCAUGACAUCACUCUCUUUCCGGGCACUUCCCCCAGUUCAUGUGCAAGACUGCCAGUGCGGAGUGAAUCAUUUCAAAAUUUAAGGUGUUGCUCACGCGUUCUGAUGGGUAUCUGGUUAUGAUGAAACUGUUGCUCGUAAGUGGUAGGAAGAGGAAGCCAAAAGGCUGUCCUCGUUGUCCUAUUGCGGGUCCCAGGUUCUUCUGUCAUGACUGAUGGCCUGACAAACGCGUUUGUUUCUGCAAACACCUGCAGAGUUUCCUGACAUGUCAGAAGACUUUCAGUCUCACUUUAAUGUCUGCUAUCUCUCUCUUUGUUGGAUAGGAACAAGUAUUCGUAGACAGACAACUGGGGCGUGCUUGGUGUCGUUGUUGCAUUUGUCUUUUUUAUAAACAAAGGCUUAUUUUUUUCUUUUGUUAUAGAAACACAUUUAAAAAGAUACCCAUUAGCCCAUCCCAUCCAUCCCAUUUCCUCUGCCAUGAACUAAAAUUUUCUGACUUGAAAAAUCUAUUCUUACUGCUGCACCUUUCAGAGAGGAUUUAUCUUUAACCUUUACUGUUAAUUCAGUGUAUUUUGCAGGCCAUACUGCAUCUGUUCUCUUCGGUUCUUUGAACCUUUUUUUUUCUCUGAUUUAUGCCCAUACGCAAGAAAUGGAGCCCCAAGACUCACCCCUCAAGAUUGCCCGUUUUGCAGACUUUGGGAUUGGGCUUACAAAUUUGGGUGAUUCUUGGAACAUGGAGAGUAAUAGGUUGAGUGGAGGAGAAGGGUCACCUCCAAUUGGGCUAGGUCUUGAGCUUGGAUGUGGGUCUGUUCAUAGACCAACUGGGUUCACCAAAUCAUGUGGGUUCACAGUUUUUCAGCUGCAGGAACUGCAGCUUCAAUCUCUCAUCUACAAGUACAUGGAAGCUGGACUUCCUGUGCCCCACCAUCUUCUUCUGCCUAUAUGGAAAAGUUUCGCUGGUUCUGUUGGCGGCCUCCAUGGCAAUCCUUAUCAACUUUAUUCUGGCUUUUUGGGUUGCGGACCCUUGCACUUGGAAUAUAAGAAUGGGCUGGAUCCAGAGCCGGGAAGAUGUAGAAGAACAGAUGGGAAGAAAUGGAGGUGUAGCAAAGAAGCAGUCCCAGAUCACAAGUACUGUGAGAGGCACAUGCACAGAGGGCGGCAGCGUUCAAGAAAGCUUGUGGAAGCUUCUCAAGCUACUACUUCAAGUACUGGAAUUAGCCGUACUAAUGCUGAUACCAACCUCUCCAUAUCUCUCCAAGUGGAUAGCAGUAGCAGUAGUGGCAGCCAUCUCUCUUCUAGCUUCAUCGGUUUCUCUCCAAAAAGUGUUCUGCGAGGGGGUAAUUAAAUCCAAAAGCUGAACCUUCUCUACAGUGUCAAGACUUGUAGACGAUUACAGGAUUUAAAGAUGACAGAUUGUGGUAGACUUCGUUAAUUAGUAGCUCAAAGCUUAGGAAGGUUUAGAGAGACUUUGAUUUUGUUUUGAUGUAAUGUUUCAAACGUCAGAGACAUUAAUGGUGUUUGUUGGGUUGCCUGGUGAAAAGGAUGAGCAGCAUGGGCUUCAUCAUCUGAUCUAAUGCUAAGCUAGCUUCGAAGCGUGACAUUAGUUGUCUUGGCACUUGCACCCAUUUUUGGUCACUUUGGCCUUUUCUAAUUCUGUAGUUGGAAUAAAGGGUAGGGCAGUCAGCAGUGUUGUAUGCCAAUAUGUAGGCGUUGAGAUUUGUAACGGGGACAAAACUCUAAUGCUCCAAACACCUAUGUCAUCUACAUCUAGUGUCUACGUUUUCAUCCUCUCA